GCUGCUGCGGCGCCUGGCCACCCUGCUCUCCCAGCAGGCCACGCUCAUGGCCUCCAAUGAAGCCUUCAAGAAGCAGGCGGAGGGCGCCAACACUGCUGCCAAGAAGUUCAUGGAGGAGAAGGAGCUGCUGCAGGAGAAACUGCACGAGGCCGGGAUCGAGGUGCCAGAGGGCGGGAAACCAGGAGCUGGACCCCAGGAGGAGAACAAGACUCUGAAAGAGGAGCUGAAGACUUUGCAGAAGGAGCUGGACAACACCAAGAAAGCCCUGCAGAAGUCCGACAGCGACGUCUGCGCCAUGAAGAAGCAGGCCGAGAACCUGACACUGGAGUACGACCGCCUGCUGGAGGAGCACAGCAAGCUGCUGGCGAGCAGUGACAAGAAAUCUGACUGAGGAUGAAGACCGUCGGCUCAUCUUCAUCACGGCCUCUUCAUCAUCCCACUCUGAAACAUGUCUGCGCUGUGAUUGGCUGAUCGAGUCUGCCUGUCAAACUGUUUACGUUUCUGUAACUGUUUGUUUGUGUUUUUCUGUAAA